UGUUGUCUUUUGUGUACAGAGCUAUAGCUAGUAUUGAAAAUGUUAAUGUUAAGCCUGCAGGUUUCCAUUUAAAUUGUAUCAUUUAACUCUCCUUUUCUUAUUCCUUAUUUUUGUUUUGUUUUUUUUUAAGAACUUGGGUUGCCAAGAAUUCAUGAUGAAGACCCUUUUUUUGCCUCCUUUUCUUGCCUCUGUUCUGUUUAUGAGCAGUUUCUCACAAGUGCAGGGAAGGAAAUGGAAAGGUGAAGGUACAACUCAAAACCUGGAAAAUAUUGUCAUUGGGAGAUGCUAUGAUUAUAUUAGAAUUGUGAAUCCUGCUGUUGGUGAGAAGAAUUGUUCAGAGAUAUGGGAAGCAUUUAAAAAUGCAUUCAUUAACAAGGAUCCUUGCAGCAUUCUACCUAAGGACUAUGAAUUAUACAUCAACUUGUCAUUGCACAAAAUUCCACCUAACAAGUCUCUCUUCUGGGAAAAUAAUCAGCUACUAGUCAACAGCUUUGCUGACAAAGGACGUCGCUACAUGUCUCUGGCUGAUACUCUGUUUGGCUUCGUUGGAGAUUUUCUAAACUGGUGUGGGCAGGCAAACAGUGCUGGACUGGACUAUGAAUCCUGCCCUACCACAGUGGAAUGUGAAAACAAUGCGGUGGAAUCUUUCUGGAGGAUGGCCUCAACCACUUAUGCACAGCACAGUUCUGGGGUGAUACAUGUCUUGUUGAAUGGUUCUGCAGUUGGAGGAGCUUAUCCAUAUCCAGGUUUUUUUGCAGACUAUGAAAUACCUAAUCUCCAGAAAGACAAAAUCUCCCAAAUCAUGAUUUGGGUUGUGGAUGAUAUUGAAGGACCAGAUAGAGAUUCCUGUGGAACUCAUAGUGUAAAGGUAUUAGAAAACAGGCUGGAGACCCUUGGUUUUGAUGUCACUUGCACUGACAAUUACAAGCCAGUAAUGUUCUUACUCUGCCUGGAUUAUCCUGAUGAUUCUAGGUGUGCCCUUUCAUCGUAA